AUGCCCUCACAGGAAGGCCCAGCCGCUGCUUGUCCAGUCGACCACAAGACCCGCGAAGUAUGGCUGGCCCAAGCCCGCGCAAGCGGCGCCCAGAAUCUAAAUCCACAUGAAGCCGCCGCUGCGCCAGCACCAGUACAACCACAACCACAAUCAAAAUCACAAUCGCAAACGUCCUCCCCCGUCCAACAAUCCUGCGACUCCUCCACCCUCGACCAAUCCACCGCAUCCCCCGCCCCAACAGCCAUUUCCCUCCUCUCCCACACCCGUCUCGGCACCGACCGCGAAGUCAGCACCAUCCCACGGGCUCUCCCCACCCUGCCCUCCUCCUCAUCCCCUUCCUCCCGCCCGGCAAACAGCGAGCGCGACACCGCCCCCGACAAAGCAACCGGAAACUGGAUCUACCCGUCUGAACAAAUGUUCUUCGAAGCCAUGCGCCGCAAAGCCUACGACCCGCAAACCUCGGACAUGAAGACCAUUGUCCCCAUCCACAACGCCGUCAACGAGCGCGCCUGGCACGAAAUCAAAGCCUGGGAAGCAGGCCGCGGCAGCGAAUCCUGCGGCGGCCCUAAACUCGCCAGUUUUAGUGGCCUGAGCACCAGCCUGACCCCGCGUGCCAGGUGGAGGACGUGGAUGGGCUACCAGGCCCCCUUUGACAGGCACGAUUGGGUCGUGGAUCGCUGUGGCGAGAAGAUUGAAUACGUGAUUGAUUUUUAUGCUGGCAGGGACGAGGGCAAAAAGGGAAAAGCGCUGAAUUUCCAUCUCGAUGUUCGGCCUAAACUCAACAGUUUCGAGGGCUUCAAGAUGCGCGUCCAGAGGUUCUGGGGCUUUGGGGGCGCCUGA